UUGACGAGUGCAUUAGUAUCUCACUGUAAAUGAACCAGCGCGCACGUAUUCAUCAUGUUACGGAAGGUGUUCGUGGUUGGAGUGGGCAUGACGAAGUUUGCCAAACCGGGCUCCAUAGGAGACUACCCUGAUUUUGGGAAGCAAGCGGUGCUGGAAGCUCUACAGGACGCCGGCCUCAAGUAUGACGUGAUACAGCAGGCGGUGUGCGCAUACGCCGCCGGAGACUCCACCAGCGGGCAGCGGGUGCUGUACCAGGUCGGGAUGACCGGCAUUCCCAUUUACAAUGUCAACAACAACUGCUCGACGGGUUCUAGUGGCCUAUUUCUCGGGAAACAACUCAUUGAAGGGGGCAGAGUGGAUGUCGCUCUAGUGCUGGGCUUUGAGAAAAUGGCUUCGGGAGCGCUCAAAGGAUCUCGUUUCCCCGAUAGAGCUCCGGCUACCGGUGUACAUCAGGAGAAAAUGAGGGAAAUGACAGAGGUACCGCCUGGUCCUCUGACACCGCAAUAUUUUGGAAACGCUGGUAUAGAACAUAUGAAGAAAUACGGCACCACCGAGGUACAUUUCGCAAAAGUAGCAGCAAAAAAUCACAGACAUGGUGCAAAGAAUCCUAGAGCUCAGAGUACGAGAGCAUAUACGGUCGAAGAAGUACUGAGUUCUAGAAAGAUCUUCGGACCGCUGACUAAGCUGCAGUGCUGCCCCACCAGCGACGGCGCGGCGGCUGCGAUACUCAUGUCGGAGGAUGCCGUCAUCCGUAACGGUCUCCAAAACAAUGCCGUCGAAAUAAUUGGCAUGGAAAUGGCUACGGACCCAUCGAGUACGUUUCAAGACAAGAGUUUUAUGAAACUAGCUGGUUACGACAUGACUCGCCUGGCGUCUUCACGUCUGUAUACGAAAACUGGAAUCACUCCGAAACAAAUCGAUGUGGUGGAGCUUCACGACUGCUUUUCUUGUAACGAACUGAUCACCUACGAAGGUUUGCAGUUGUGCGCAGAGGGCGAGGCUGGCAAGUUCAUCGAUGCGGGGGCCAAUACUUAUGGCGGGCAAGUGGUCGUGAACCCGAGUGGAGGACUGAUUGCUAAAGGGCAUCCGCUCGGAGCCACUGGCCUGGCGCAGUGUGCUGAGCUUUGCUGGCAGUUGCGGGGGAAAGCUGGCGCUAGACAAGUGCCGGACGCUCGCAUCGCGCUGCAGCACAACCUGGGCCUGGGGGGAGCUGUCGUCAUAGCGCUGUACAGGAAAGGAUUCACGGACUACGCCGGCCUCUCCAAACUCUGAACCGAUCUGAAUAAAGCAGCCAACAAAAAACAGGGAGUGUGAUAUUUCAAAAUGUUAUAAAAAAUAUUGUGAUCAGCUAACAUUCAUAUUUGGCGAACAAUGAUAUCAAAAUGUUCUCAUUUUUUCUAUUUAUAUAUUAAACAAUAUCGUAAA